GGACCAGGUGGGGGCUGGAAUUUCUCCGCUGGAAAGAAGCAGCAGAGCCGGAUGGAUCCUCCGUCUACCUCUCUCGGGUGGUGGUGCUGCUGCUGCUGUGCGAGGUUGGGAGGGAGACGCAGGCGAGGCCGGAGAAGGAGGGAGGAGGAGAGAAAGUAGCAAGGGAAACGUUUAAAAAGCCUCUGUGUAUCAUGAUAUUUCACAAGACAUGGUUGUUAUCAAGACUGAGAAGGUGGAUGAAGGCUGCAGUAAUGAUGGAGGAAACUGCGAGGCCCAGGAGUCUCAGCCUUCUCCUCUGGCCCUGCUAGCAGCCACAUGCAGCAGGAUUGAAUCUCCCAAUGAGAACUCUGAUGGUUUACAGGGGCAACAGGGAGGCUCAAGUGAACUAGACCUUGCUGCUGCAACUCAAAUCUCCCAAAGUGCAAAUGGCUGGCAAAUAAUUUCCACUGCUUCUGGAACGUCUGAUUCUCCCAAAGAUUUGGGGAAUAGCGGCAAUGAAGACAACGAUUCAUCAUCCAAAAACCGAGCUGCCACCACUGGGCAGUAUGUGGUUGCUGCCACCCCAAAUAUGCAGAACCAACAAGUUCUGACGGGCUUAUCAGGGAUGUUGCCGAAUAUUCAGUAUCAGGUGAUUCCCCAGUUUCAAACUGUGGAUGGGCAACAGUUGCAGUUUACCACAGCUCCCACUCAAGUGAGUGUCCAGCAAGAUGCCUCUGGCCAACUGCAGAUAAUUCCAGGAACUAACCAACAGCUCAUUACAAACAGGUCUGGCACAGGCAAUAUCUUGGCUGCCAUGCCAAAUCUUCUGCAGCAGGCUGUCCCCAUUCAGGGAGUAAAUACUCUCUCAGGGCAAACCCAGUAUGUCACCAACGUCCCCCUGGCUUUGAACGGCAAUAUCACCUUAUUGCCUGUCAAUAGCAUUGCUGCCAGUUUGGCCCCCACAUCUCAGUCAGUUACUCUAAGCAAUUCUAGCUCUCCGGAGAAUAGCUCUCAGACAGUUUCUGUCACGUCAAUCAGUUCCUCAAGUGUGGCUGCGACUCAAGCCAAUACCGCCUCUUUUUUCACCAAUGCUAACAACUACAGUGCCACUACCACCACCAGUAAUUUGGGCAUCAUGAAUUUUUCUACUAGCGGCAGCGUGGGAACAAACGUUCAGGUGCAGGCGCCAGGGAGGACAAACAGCACUCAGAAUGCCGAUGCUGUGCAAGUUGCAGUCCAGCAAGGACAACAGAAAGAUAUUGAUCAAAACCACCACCAGCAGCAGCAGCAGCAGCAGAUCCUAGUGCAGCCUCAACUUGUUCAAGGAGGACAAGGCAGCCAGACCUUUGCUCCUCAAGAUGCCCUGCAGAACCUGCAGAUCCAGGCCCUCCCCAACACUGGUCCGAUCUUCAUUCGAACGCCCACUGUAGGGCCAAAUGGACAAGUCAGCUGGCAAACUAUUCAACUUCAAAACCUUCAGGUCCAAAAUCCGCAAGCUCAGACAAUCGCUUUGGCUCCCGUGCAGGGGGUGUCCCUGGGGCAGACGGGGAGCACCAGCACAACACUCACACCGAUAGCUUCGGCCUCUCUACCCAGUGGCACGGUCACUGUAAAUGCCGCUCAGCUAUCCUCUGUACCGGGCCUUCAGACCAUCAACCUUGGGGCCCUGGGAUCUGGCAUCCAAGUUCAUCAGCUGCAAGGGCUCCCUCUCACCAUAGCCAAUGCCUCUGGUGAUCAUAAUACCCACCUUAGCCUCCAUAGUACUGCUGGUGAUGGGCUGGCUGAUGAUGGAACCACUCUGGAAGAAGGGGAAGCUAGUCCAGAUGCCCAGCCACAGCAAGUCCGAAGAAUGCGCAGAGAAGCCUGCACCUGCCCUUACUGCAAAGACAACGAUGGCAGAGGCUCCGGGGACCCUGGCAAAAAGAAGCAGCACAUCUGCCACAUCCCAGGCUGUGGGAAAGUGUAUGGGAAGACAUCUCAUCUGCGAGCUCACCUUCGAUGGCAUACUGGUGAACGGCCAUUUGUUUGCUCAUGGACGUAUUGUGGCAAGCGUUUCACACGCAGUGAUGAGCUACAACGACACAAGCGAACACACACUGGAGAGAAAAAAUUUGCCUGCCCCGAGUGUCCCAAGCGCUUCAUGAGGAGCGACCAUCUUUCCAAGCACAUCAAGACCCACCAAAACAAGAAGGCAGGCGCUCCCAACAGCGUGGCUAUGGACGUCUCUGCGGUCGCCAUUGAUGCGAAUGCUUCUACCGAGAGCACCGGUGGGGCAACCCCUUCAGCCCUCAUCGCAACCAAUAUGGUGGCCAUGGAAGCCAUCUGCCCAGAAGGCAUUGCACGCCUUGCAAGCAGUGGCAUCAAUGUCAUGCAAGUGGCCGAUCUCCAGUCGAUCAACAUCAGUGGCAAUGGAUUCUGAGGAUCUGUCUGAUCUUGUACAAACGUGAGCGUCUCAAGAUCCAAGAGAUGCCUUUCACGACACAAGUGUGACGGAAGAUGGGGACUCCGCUGCCCCAUAUAGCUUUCAGAUACUAUUUCUGUCUCCCAGGAAUAUUGUGUGCAGAAUAAGGUCUGCUUGCUGUAUAGGUCAGCCUGGUGAUGCCUAGAGUGAAUACUUGGGAAAUGGGAAUGGCCCAGAACUGAUUCAUUCAUGUUUAUUUUGCUUUUUCUUCCCCUCCCCCAUUAGGUCUCUUCACCUUUAUUAGGUACCCCCAUGCCAUCAUGCCUUGGUUCUAAAUGUAUAUGAUCAUUGAAAUACUUUUUAGCAGAAAAAAAAAUCUAUAUUAUUAUUGUUAUUAUUGUAAUUAUAUAAAAUUAUAAAAUAUGUUCUUUUGGAUGAAAGAGAUUAAAAAGUGCUGCAACCAAAGUCUUUGGUUGUAGUUCAGAUGCCUUAACUUGGAACUUAUUGAGCUGUUAAACGGCGCUCAGGCUUAUGUUCAGAUGCUAUAUUGCAUUUUAAUUGUAACUAUAAAAAUAUAAAUUUAGCUUUUCUUAUGCUUAACCUUUGUCUCCCCCCCCCCCCGCCUUCCCCCAUGUUCUGUUCCUUACUUGAUUAGACUCUCAUUCACAAAAAAAAGUUACUUCCUGAUAAUUUCCACUUUUCUCUAUUUGGAGAAAGGAGUGUCUAUUUAAGUCCCUGUCGCCUUUUUUUCUACCCAAAGUGGUAGGGUCCAUGACCCACUGUGUGUUCUGAACUUGCAAGGGAAAAUGAGCCUUAGGAAAGAUGAAAACGUGACACACAAUUUACGUUCCUUGCGUUUCAAAUGCAUGAAUUCAACUUUUAGCCUAAGGGGGAUUCUUUCCAGUUCCCAGUGUAAAGCGGUGAAUCCUCUUUGUUUAAAAAUAUUUGUGCAUGCAUACAAUCCAGGGGAUCUGAACACCAGGAGUGCUGGAGAGGUCUCCAUAUGUGUUUUGGCUCAACUCAAGCCAUUUUACUACAGUGCAAGUUGAAACUAUAGUAUUGGACUCUGUUGUGAUUUGUUUAAGAUCUUGACAAAUGUUAUGGCCAUGUCGUUAAAGGGAAAAAGAAGAAGUCUGGGUUCUUUUAGCUUGAGAUACUGCAUUGCUGUGAAACACUAAGGGACUUGCCAAGGUCUUUCCAAAUUGACAAAUGAUCCAAUAUUUGGCUCAGGUGCUGGGCACUCCAUUGAGAAUAAACUAUGAAUUGGCUUUUGUAUCUCCUAUUUGUAACUUCUUUUUAGCAAUUUAGUGCAUGCUGGCCAGCUUGCUCCCUUUCCAAGGUUACAUACACCCUUAUGAGAACAAUUAUAAGGAAAUUGCAACAAAGGGAACUAAAGUGGAAGUUCAGAUACCAAAGAAAUAAGUGAAGAAAGCCAGUGCUUAGGAGAUUAGAAAAAGUGAUGCUUGAGAGUAGUUGUGGAAUCUCUGUUAAGGAGUGGGGCCUUAUGACACUCACCUCCACCCCAGGAAGUCUUCAGACAGUUCAGGAUUUGUUCCUAAAAUCUCUUCUGUUUAGUGUGAACCACUUAGACAAAUUGUUCAGUACCUUACCAGGUUGAUCAGUCCUAUGUCCUUUUCCCUCUGCUACUUAAAACAAGCAGCUCCGCAGAUAGCAUGACAGAUUUUGUUUUAUUAAGUAUUGAGGGAAAUUUUUAAUUGUUACAUAGCCUUCAUGAAGCUCCUGCCUCUUGCAUACUUCAGUGCUGGUCAUGUGCAUGGUGAAUUUCUAUGCCCCAGAAAGUUCACGAAGGGUCCAUGAAUUGUUGCUGGGGUAUUAUAUAGCUGGCCAUUAUUUCCGUUGCUUUGCUCUGAACUUUUCUCAUCGCUUCACUCCUCAGUAGCUUAAAAGCCAGUUUAUUGUUGUUUUUCCUCUGCCUUUGUUAUAAAGUGUUGUGUUGGUAACGUUUUGAUGCCCCUCUUGCCAUGUCCUGUUCUGUUUUCCUUUUAUUGUGUUGACCCUCCUCCUCCUCCUCUUGCCUCCAUCUGGAGCCGUGUACCAGAAUCAUAUGAUUUAUAUAUCUAUAUCUAUAUAUGUAUGUAUGCAUGUUGCAGUGGUUUAGCAGAGCUGAAUUACAACAUCAUUUUCAUCAGGGACAGGGAGAAAAGGUCAUCAUUUUUCCUUCCUCAGGACAACAUUCGAGUUAAGAUUAACAGUCCCCAAAAUUGUCCAGGUGCUUGCAUCUGCAGAUCCUUGGAGUCCCUUACCUGGAGUUGGAUAACGCUUUCAUGAUCUUGUGUGAGUUUUUAACAAGAGUAUUCUUGUUUCACAAAUGCUGCUGGUUGAGCUGAGAGAGGAUGGAAACAAGACCAAAAAGCAUAAGCAUCGUAAAGCAUAUCAAAAACAAAAAAAGCCAUGGUGUAAAUCGUUGACUUCUAUAGUGGUUGUGAAUUAUUUGCACCGGUGAAUUGCUUUUGCUCAAUUUGUAUUGGCUGAGAUGAAAUGAUCACUCCUUGCUUAGCCUUUUCCCUUUUUCUCUAUGAUUUCUUUAUUCAUUUUGAUGGAUUGGGUUGUAAAGGGCAGACUUAUACGAGUAAUGUAAGAAACAUACAGCAAACAUAAGAAACCUACAACAAAUAUAAAGGAAUGUACAACCAGGAGGACUGAGUAAGUAUGUAACUCAAGCAUUUUAUUAAGAAAGAGUUUCCUUGUCCAGAAAGUAGGGAUUUGUGAUCUUAUACUGCUGUUAGAUUAGAGGUAAAGCAGAUUGUAUUUCUAACACAGUGCAACUCAAAAGCAAGAUAAUAUUUUAGGGUCUUGGAGUUGGAUGUUCCAGAGUCUUCAAGUACUGUAAUACCAUUACUGAAAUAAUUGGAUAAAGGCAUUAUUUGCCACAGCGAAGGGAGCUUGAUAUUCUAGAUCAGGAGUCUCCAACCGUGGCAAGUUUAAGACUUGUGGACUUCAACUCCCAGAAUUCCUGAGCUAACGUGACUGGAGGAGGAAUUCUGGGAAUUGAAGUCCACAAGUCUUAAAGCUGUCAAGUUUGAAGAGCCCUGGUCUAGAUAAAUUUAGUCCCAUGUAGUAUGCAGCAAUAAAUAAAUUGCCCCAUAACUCAGGCUGCUGGCUUAUUCCUGCUAUUUUAAACUCCUUGCUUCAAGAUUGUCUUAGCAGUUAUUUCUUUUUUGGGGGGGUGGGGGGAACAGUAUGAUACCUACAAUGCCCAAGUUGUCAUCCAAUUUUCAAAUCUGGGAAAGGAGAAACAUGUUUUUUUUUGGGGGGGGAGUAAAAAUGCUCCAGAUCUCAUGACCUUUUUUGUUUACACACCCAAAACACCCACAAAUUUAUUAUAUACACAAUAUGUCGGAUUGCAGGAUAGAUAGUUCCCACUUUCUGAAAGAAUCGUUGUUUCUUUUCCCCUUUAAACUUCCCUAUAAUGCCAGAUCGUGCUUGUUAAUAGCAUCCAUUAUCAAGUAUCUGUUUUCCUAGCAGAUGUGGUGUUAAUGGAAUGCUGCUAUGACCUAAUCAUUUUUCUUCUGCUACAGAAAAUUACCACUAGCAUUUUCUCAAGUGCUACACUGGUCUGUAUAAAAGCCUAUCUACUCACAUUUACACAUUUUCGCAGCUGAGGAAACAGCAUCCUUUUUUAAAAAUGCACUGGAUAGUUUUUGUUAUUUUGAACAUGGCUUUCUCACUCAGUUCAGUGUGACUUGUAGAAGGGAUCCAUCUUUCAUCUGUAAAUGAUUUUUUUUUUUUUUGGUCUUAACAGACUUUCUGAGUCUGGUGUCUCAGGUUGCCCGUCACAGAUUUAUGAGUCUCUCUCUUCUCGGCUCCUCCUGUUUGUUUUCUAAAGAGCAAUGUUUAGUUUACAGCUAUUGCUGCAAGUCAGGAAGCCAGAAGGAGGGUUCCCGGUUAGUGAUAGAAAUCCAAUAAAUCUGUGAAGCGUGAACCCUUAAGGGAAGGGAAGAUGCUAUUAUAAAUCUCUUUACUUUCGAAGGGCAGAAAUAAGGAGAGAGGGUGAGCAUUUUUAUUUGUAACAAUCUAAAUCUUAAAAAUGAACUGGGUGCAUGGAAGAAUUCUGUCUGGGGAAUAAUACAGAAUUUGAGGUCCCUUGGUAGAUGGCAGUAUUUGUUUCUCCUAAGGAGUGUAAACAAUAUCUCAUUGCAGCACCCGGUGACAAUUACUAUUGUGCCUUUUUUUUUUUUUUUUUUUUUGUCAUACGCUUUUUCUGUGUUUCUGCUAGAAUUGAACGUAUUUUCUGCAAUGUCCAAAGCAAACGUAUGCAUGGUAUAUGCCAAAUAUUUAGCAGAGUAUUGCGGAAAGUGAUCUUUACAAAGAUUAUCUAUUGCAUAGUAGUAUUGAAUUCCUUACGUAUGUAUCCCUCUUCCCGCCACCACCCUGAUCUAAAAAUGCUGUUUUGGUUUUCAAAACCAAGCAGAGAAAUAUUCAACUCAGGUCAUUUUUUUUUUUAAUUUCAUAUGUAAAUAAUAUUGUCUGAAAUAGGCUCUUAUAUGUACUAUCACUGAACAUAAUAGCAGUUACAGAAAAAUUGACAGAAGAACAUGUAGUAAGUGCCUUUCCUGGGACUCAAAAAAAAAAAAAAAGAAGUCAAAAUCAAAAGUGGAAAUGGAAAUUAUCAUUGGCUUGAGACCACCUCGGUUGCCUUUUUGGUAAGCCUGUGACACUUUCAAUAGCACUGUAUUAAAUUUGUAAUUUUGCAUUUCAUUUAAACUCCUGAUUAGUUGUUUUUAAAUGUCCUGAGACAUGAAUCGGCACCACUACUUGUAGCAUCACUUAGUUUUUUCCUUCUGUCGUAAAAGAGGUUUGUUGCAUUAUUUGGUUUUAGCUCAGCAGACAAGGACUCAGAUCUUUAAAGUCUUAAUGUAACCACAACUGUUUACUAUGUCUGCUUGAAUGCGUAAGAGAGGUGUGCUCUUUGAAGUGGUGCCCUUGGAGAAAUUUGAUCUCUCCACAUGGGCAGCCGUGUAGGAAUAUCUUUGGUGCAGAAGGAUCAGGCCUACCUUCUGUUUCUCCCCCCCCCUUUCUUUUUUUUUUUUUAAAGUGUUGUCCACACUUUUAAGCGGCAGUGGCAUCCCCAUUUGGGGCCGCCAUUUUUCCAUUGUUCAGUUUUGUUUUAUAACGUUGUUUGCAGUGACUGUUCUUGUGACCCAGUCAGAAUGAUAGCGUGAUCCUUGGUUAACUGCUGGGCUGAGAAUGUCUGUUGCUUCCAAAAGAUGGCCUCUGCUUACAAAGGACACACACACACACACACACAAACUAAAAUAACAUCCUUUUCUGUGUGUAUGUAUGCUCAGAACAAAGCUUAGUUAUUUGUAUGAUCAGCACUAUUGGUAGACUUGAGUUGUGUUUGGUUUUUUUUUUUUAAAGGAGCAUCCCUUUCUGGAGGCUAUUUCUUUAGGGUGAGGUUUGUUGUCUUAUUGAAUACUUUCCCAUCCCAGAUGGAAGGGCUUCAUAAAUUUUGAAAAUGACUGUCCAAUGAGAGAGGGCAGGGUAAGCCAUUAAUUGGACGCAUGCUGCAUGUGUGAAUGUGUCUCAGUUCUAAGAAUAUUAUUAAUUGAGGAUCGUUUAAACAUGUAGUUGCAAGCUGAGUCUUGGAAAAGCUUUACUGAGCCGCUGUUAAUACAAACUGGCCUUAAUAUAAAAUGUGUACAUAAAAGGAACCUCCUCCUUCCAGAUGGUAAAAUCUGUUUAAUUUUUAUAUUAUCUUCAAAUUACUUGCAAUGCUGUUUUGGAAUAAAAUGUGCCUUUCCUUUUAUAAACAAGAAUUGUAUAUAGUUAAGCCAAUGCCAUCAGCCUUAAGAGAUCUCUGUAGCAUUUUGUGCCUUGAGCCAGACUUUUCUAUAUUAAAAUCUUGUCACAAUCCAGUUUAAAUGGUCCACAGGCGUCCAGUAAUUAAUUUAAUUUUCCUAAUCCACUGGCAAAAGGAUGAGCACUUGCUUUUCACAUAUUCUGUGGUGAUGGUUGGGCAGGAGAGAAUUUCGGCUCAGAUUCCAUUAAACAGUGCAUGUGCUUUUACAUCAUCUCCAACAGAUAGUAAUUCCCUUCCAUGGUUGCCUUUAUAUUUGUUCCCAGGAAGUGGGGAAGUGAGAAGUGAUCUAAGGUGGAUGCAUUUUUUUUUAAUUAUUACUUUUGUUUUUUCUGG